AAGACAAUCCUGUAACACACCCCCAGCAGAGUCAUCCGGAAAACUUCUGCCACACUUUAACCUCCUGCAAUAGCAGGGUAGCCAGGCUUUCCCCUAGCAGCAGCCCUGAGAAAGUGUCAGCUCCAGUUCUCAUAGCAGCGCCCUCCCUGGUAAGUGACAAGCACCAAAGCCCUCAGAAGAAAGCAAACGAAAAAACAAAAGUGAAAACAGAAAAGGGAAAUCCUCUAGAAGAUGGUGAUGAAAGGAAAGCCUGGGCAUAUAAAACGGCACAGUCGGCAGAACCCCAAGCAAAGCAACGACCAACACCGAGCCAGACCAGGCUCCUUCACAGCACCCAGAGACCCACCAUGGCUGUACUUGGAUGUGCACAGCCCUGCCAGUGGCACAGCACCCUGGCACUGCUGCUCCUCAUCACUGCUCUCGCUGCCAGCCUCCCGUGCCACCACCUGAGGACCCAUGAUCCCGGCGACGCACUCCGCCUCCUCCAGGACAUGGCUCCCAGCCACACACAGCCCUGCCACCUCCAGGAGCCGCCCUUCUUCCCCGACACCCUCCUCCGCGACAACCUCCACCCGCACCAAGCCGCCGACGCCGCCCUACGCAUCCUCCAGCACCUCUUCCACACCCUCAGCACCAACAGCACCCGCCAGCACUGGCCCACCCAGGCUCGCAACGACCUCCUCAACAAACUCCAGCACCACAUCCACCUCCUCGAGCAGUGCCUCCCCGACAACGCCACGCUCUUCAAAGGACCACGCAACCUGCGGCUCACCAUCAACAAGUACUUCAGGAACAUCCACCUCUUCCUCCGUGCCCACAACCACAGCGCCUGCGCCUGGGACCACGUCCGCCUCGAAGCUAUUGACUGCUUCAAAUACAUGGACAGACUCAUACGGCGAAUGAAGCACCACGCUGCUUUGGACCCCACUAAAACCACGGAUGGCAAACACCCAUCCCCAGCCAGCGGCAGUGGCCACAGAUUGAAUGGUGACAGCAGCAGCCUAGGCUGGGAUCACUCGGUGCCAGUCUCACCUCUUUCAAGCAGAAGGAUGAGCUGAUGAAGAAAGGGUAUGACCAUGGUGACACUGGGGUCAGUCUGUGUCACAGCCCACACACCCAAACCAUGGCCACUGGAGAGAAAGGAAGAGGAAAUUUCUGUGCUACACACUCAUGGACAGCUGCGGGGAGAUACAGAUGGUACUUAUUACAUGUGGAAUUAUCACGUUCAUCCAGACUGCAACCUCACCUGAUGAAUGAGAUGGGGAUCAAUGACACUGGGGAGCUACUGUGGGACUUUUAUGCCAAUCUCUAUUUAUCACAGAAC